AUGCACACCUUCAACAAAAUUCAGGUGACUUUCGACGAGAAAUCGCCGACGGACCUUCUCCAGCAGCUGAACGAGAUCUUCACGGCGAUCGACCCGCAGCAGAUGCCGGAGCAGGACGAGCCCGGCGACGCGAGCACCACCCGCAUGAUGUCCUUCCUCGUCAUGCUCAAGUUCCCGAUACCGGAUCACGAGCGGGAGGGCUUUCGACGCGGGCUCGCAGUUGGAGACAAGGAAGUAGUCUACCCGGCCAUGCACUGGUGUCUGCAGCGGCUACCGCAGCUCAAGAAACGGGCUUACCUGGCGCGCUACCUCAUGCCGGUCGAGAUUCCGAUGGAGUUCAUGCAGGACCAGGCGUUGAUCGAUUUGCACGAGUCUCACCGGCAGCUGCAGGCGGAGUUCAAGGCAACACACAAGCAGGUGGACCAGACCCGCAACACCGAUCUCAGGCCCGGGGAGCUUCGCACGGAGAUCGGUCAGCUCGAGGACGAGAAGAAGCAGCUGACUGAGAAGAUUUCCAAGCUUAAGGCCAACGUCUCGGACGAGCCUGGCUUCGCGGAGAUGCUAGACGUGACGAGCAGGCUCCGGAAGGCCCAGGAGGACACGGUAGAGCUCGGCGCCAAGGCGGUCCAGCAGAGGGCCCAGCUCCACCAGGCCGAGACGAGGGCGGAGGACGCCCGCCGCCGCCUGGGGGUGCUCCGACAGGGGACGGCGUCGGCUACGACCGCCGCGGCGGUGCUGGGCCAGCUGCAAAGAGAGGUCGCUGCGCUGGACAACAAGCUGACGCAGGUGCUUCCCACGGAGAUCGGUCAGAAGACACGGAAGCUGGAGCAGCUGGAGCGCGAGGCCGCCGAGCCGCAGCGUUCGAGGGAGGACGUGCAAGAGAUGGAGCAGCUGGAGUACCAACUGCGGAGGGAGAACGAGCAAACGAGGCAGCAGAUCGAGAAGGCGCUAGCUGACAGACCUGACACCAACUUGAACAUGCUGAGGCAGCCGGCGGCGCUGGCGGCGAAGAAGCGCGCCGAGAAGGAGGGCGAGUUGGAGAGGCUGCAGGAGGAGAGGGCCAAGCUGGCCGCGGAGAUCGAAGACAAGGAGUCCAAGAUGGAGGGGCUCAACUCGGGCGCCCGAGGAGGCGGCGGAUCGAGCGGCAUGUCCAAGGAGGAGCUGAGGCAGUACGGGGCUCUCCUUCGCGAGAAGACCCAAACGUACCUCAAGAUGAAGGGCGAGCUAGCGGCCACCCGGGCGGAGAGCGUCGUCUUGAGGAGGACCGAGCAGAUUCUCAAGGGCCGAGACGAGAACCUGGAGGAGUUCCUAGGGCAGAUGGAGGCGGAGAAGGGGGUUACGGGGUACCGCAAGGUCCACGCGGACCUCGUCGAGAAGUCGGAGCAGACGGCCCAGGCAAGGUUAAGGCGGAUGCUGAAUACGGGACGGGAGACAGGAAGCGGGACGAUCCAUAAAUAUGCAAUAAGCAUAGUUAUACAACACGCACACUUUGGGGGGUCGACGUUGAUGUUGUGGGGUGUGUGUAUGAUUGAUGUCUGCCAGAUCAGACGGCAGAGUGUUCAGGCACAAAACAUCAGAGCCAAGACGAGUAGCAGUGCUCAGAGCCCCCUCGCAACGUACCUAGGCACGAAAUCUAACCGUGUUGAUGCGAUGAAGGGGGACACUCUGCAGGCGAUCUCUCAGCUGGUCAACUCGAUCACGAUGGACCUCAAGUCGCGCAAGGAAGGCUUGCGCCCGCUGAUCGAGGAGCUCAAGACCGUCCGCAAGCAGUGCAUGGAGAUCGAGUCGGAGUACCAAGAAAAGCGAGGGGCAUACGAAAAGGUGGCCGUGGGCCUCGAGGUGGAGCGGCAGCAGCUGGAGCACGAAUGCAACACCAGCCAGGAAGACGCUCUGUCCGAGGAGAGCCGGUACCACUUCCUGCAAAGCCUCUGCUCCAUCACGGAGGCCAGGCUGCAGAGCGUGCGACAAGACGAGAGAUGGGAGAAAGGUGACGGGCGUCUCCUGCCUGAGUUCCAGUGCCACCGCGACCUGUACGAGCACAAGCUCCGCCAGCAGGAGGCCCUGAGCAAGCAGCUCCGCCGGCAGCAGCGCUCUAUCAAAGAGAACGAGGGCUCGAGCAUGGUCCAGAGGCGCAUGUUCGGCGGCCUGCAUGCUCUUCUGAAGUGCAAGAUGGCCCUCAACGGCGCGCGGGGGGCAAGGGGGGGCGAGGCGGNCGGCGGCGGCAGUGGCGGCGGGCGGGGCGGCGGUGGUGCACCCGACGUUAUGACGCUCGAAGAUCGAGACUGA